AACUCACAUAUUUUCCGUUACAACAUGGCAGCUGUUCUGAAAUAAAGAAAUAAAUAUUUGUUUAGAGCCUAUUAUUUGUUAACGUCGUACUACAUGCAUCAAGAUGUAUAAAGGAUUAACAGGAAUUUUCCUCGCUUUUUUGUGCCUUAUUUACAACGAUGUGAAUUGUGAAUUUACAAACAUGAAAAUAGUGGAUGAACCUUCUAGUUAUGGGUUAAAUAAUAAUGGUUACUAUAAUCCAUACGUUAACACGUUAACUAUGAGAGUUAAACCUGCUAAUUUCUCUGGACCACCACAUCUGAAAAGACUGGUAGGAAAAUGUUUUAAUAAGAUACUUGAAUCAUAUAAGUAUAAGUUCUGUCCAUUUUCAAAUGUUACACAACAUGAACAGAGUUUACGCUGGAAUCCCUAUAGUGGUGUGUUAGGAGUUUGGCAAGAAUGGGAAAUAAGGAAUAAUACAUUUGUUGCUAUGGUAAUGGGAGAUGGAGAUAGUUGUGGAGAAAAAUUUAGACUAACAAAGGUAUUUUUUGUUUGUGGUAAUAAGUCUGUUAUCUUAAAUGUUACGGAACCUCAUACAUGUGAAUAUCAUCUCACAUUUCAAACAGUAUUAGUAUGUCAUAAGAACGCCAUGUUAGUCUAUCCUAUGCUAUCCAAACCAGAACGAGAUACAUGGAAUCAACUGGAAACUUUAUUAGCUUAUGAAGAAAUAACACAAAAGGGAUAUCAGAAAAAAUUACGUUUACUAUUUGAACAAGCUGGUUUAUAUCUUACUAAAGAAAAGAAAGAAAUAUUAGCAACAAAAGUUCGAGAAGAAAAUAGACAAACAUAUAAUACAGGCAGUAACAAUGGACGCUUUUUCCUUAUAGAUAAAUGUAACACAGAAUAUCAAAAAUUGGAAACAGAAAAUGAAAGAUUGAAAAAACUAUUGAAAGAUAAUGGUAUUAGUGAUGAAGUUGAAGUGAAACCCUCUUCAAACAACACAAGUAUGCCUACUGCUGUAAUUCCUGAUAAUAAUAACAAUAACACAUUACAUAAUAUAAAUAAUACUAUCAGUAAUCAUGAAAAAAGUUAAAUCAUUUUUAAUCCACUGUAUUUAUAUCUAGUUUUACAUAUGUCUAUAUUCCAUAUUGAUUGUUUAAUAUUAAAUAAUCAGAUCAAGAUAUGAUUUGUUGACAGAAGAGGGUUGUUAAUUAUAAGAUGCCUUAUUCCUUAUUAAUGGAAAUUUCAUGUGCAAUAAUUUCAUGAUGUAUAUUUUUUAUUAAUUUUUUUGUAUACAAUUAUUUAAAACAGGUUGUUAUUUUGUUUGGGGAACAUGACAGAUCCAAUUCAGUUUAAUGAAAUUUGUUUAAAUUGUGGGGUAUAAUUUUAUAGAUGACUGUAAAGCACAAAUAUGGAUUAUAUCAUCUCAGGGGGGUGGGUAGUCGAUGGGUUAACAUGUGCGCGUUUGAUCACAAGGUCUGUACGUGGCAAGAAGUAGGGAUUUUCUCUGGUUCCCCCAGUUUCCUCCAGCCGCUAAAGAUCCCUAUGCACUAGCAAAUUAUUGAAAUAAAAUUAAAUCAUAUGUUAGUCCCAAAAUUACUCUCUCUUCUCUCUCUCUCUCUCUCUCUCUCUCUCACACAGAAUGUUGGUUGAAACAGAUAGAAAAUCAAAGUAUAAAAUAUUCUCUCAGAUAAUAAUAGUUCAUACCUAAUACCUGUGGACUGCUAUAUACAAGUAUACAGGGUUUCACACUGUAUGGUUUGGGGUGGACCAGUUUUUAUAGAUUUUAACAUGGUUAUUAGAAUAUUGUCUUUAUGUUUGAUGUAGCUUUUAGGUAUGGUAAUACUCCACCUUUUUUGUCUCAUCCCUUUAAUAGGAGGUAUAGGUACUAAUUUAUUGCUCAUUGGGAUAUAUAUAAAUGGUUUGUUUUGUUUUGUUUUUUUUAUCUGUGAUGCAUAUUUCUGAAUAAAUGACUUAAUUUCAUUUCCCAAAUUGGAUAGUUAAAGAAGUUAUGUAUUUUGCAUUGCGGAAUUUAUUUUAACUGUAGGUAAUGAAUAACAUAAUGACUAAACUUCUCUUUUAAAGAAAUAAAAUAUGGUAUGUGUAAUGAAAAAAGUAUAAAUGUUUGUAUGACUUAUAAAGAAAAUCUAUUUUAUAUUUUUUGUAAAUAAAUGAAAUGAAAUGAAAUGGAGUUUAACAUCCCACUGUUUUGUUCUGACUGGGCUAAUGAAGACAAGCAUAUGCCAUACAGUGUGCUAUGAGGGAAAUUUUGCCCCAGACAAUGGUGGUAAGACCUACUCUAAUAUCAAAUUCCAGCUGCCAAGGGUUCUUUUCAAGCACAUCAAUGUGUAGACAGGAUCUUGGGGGGGGGGGUUUCCGUCCCAUCCGAACAACUAUACAUUGUCCCUUGCCAGCACCACUGACAAAGAGGAACCACAUCGAAAAAACCUGAUAAAUAUUCUUGGCCAAUGCAGUGUUUGAACACAGGACCUGCAGGUUAACGAGUCAACAUCUUGCUCACUGAGCCACUGUGGCUCCCUUUUUGUGAAUAAAUUCAUUCUGAUCUUUUCCAUCAAUAUGGUUCUAUAUGUAUAUUUUA